UUUUCUAUUCUUACUAUAUAAUUUAUCUUGCCACUAUACUACAUUAUUAACUCAAGCGGCGAAUCAUAAGCUGUAUAUUUGACGGUGUGCCCACUGACAGUUUCGGACACCUUUUGUUUACAAAUUAUUAGUGAACUGCUUUUUAGUUUUUUCCUAGUGCAUGAAAUUACUUGUUUUUAAAAAAAUGUUUUUGAUUUUUAUCUUUAAGAAUUAUGAAAGUGAUAGGAGGAUUUUAAAUGUUUCAGAUUCAACAUUCUGCCAUAAAUAUUUUUUAAAAAACUUUUUUUCUCCAAAAGUUCGCAAAUUAUUUUCUUGAUGGAAGUGAAUAUAAAUCCAAAGCAAGCUUCUUUUACUAUGGCUGUAUCUUGUAAAGAUCAAACUGCAGAUAUUCGAAAUAUACAAAUUACUGCUAAUAAAGCAUUGCAGAAUAUUUACUCCUUGUAUAAUGAAAUCAUGAUACCAAAAUCUAACGCUGAUGUUGAUUGUGAAGCAUCUAUAAGUGAUUUUUCUAAUGAUUCGACAUUUUCUGUUGGUAUUAAAAACAGUUGUCAUUCUUAUUAUAGUGUGCCAAAACUGUUACGUACAGAACUAUGUAGUAAAUGUCAGAAAUUAGUUUCCUUAUGUUCUAGAUGCUGUAAACAAGGAUCUAAUAAUAUUUUACAAAGUCAGCAUUAUUCACAAAUUACUAAUAAGAACUCUCACCAGGAACGAAGCAAUUCAUACCCACAAGUAAAACCUUUCUGUAAAAAUUCUUAUUGCUCUGGACAAAAAGAUUUUUAUCAACAAGAACAGCAUGCUCAAAAAGAUGUUUCUCAGGAAAAAAGAAUCUCUAGAACAGAAUCUUAUUGUCCUGAAGAAUUGCAAAAAAAUUUACUUCAUAAAAAAAUAUUUUCUCGAAGUAAUUCUAUUCAGAAAGAGCAAAAUUCAGAUAGAGAUUUUUGUCUGCAAGAAAAAAGAAAUUCUUAUUAUGCUGAAUCUAUGACUGGAACUGACUCAGAAAAAGAUGAUUCUCCAAAUUAUACUUUUAAAAGCGUAAAAGAAUCCAAUAUGCAGUUCAACAUUACUAUUCCCAAACCAUUUUCUCUGUCUGCUGAAAAUGUAAGACGACAACAGAUUAAAGAAGAGAAGAUUUCAAAAUUGAGAGAAGAAAUUAACAGCCAAAUUGUAAAAGAGUUGAACGUUAAAUUUUCUCCCAGGCCUGUUCCUAAGCAUGUACAUUUACCUUUAUAUGGUGAAAUGAUGAAGAUGUAUGAACAAAGAAAGAAAGAGCGCAAAGAAAAGUGUAUUGAAAUCAUGAACAAGAAAGUAAAACCUUUUAAUUUAAGUACUAGUGCUCAAACCAAUGUUUCAAGAUCAAAAUCUAUGUCUAAUCUGUCACAAGAGGGAUCAAAAACAUUUAAGGCAAAACCAGUGCCUAAAAAUAUUCUGAGUGAAAAUAUAUCUCAAAAAGUAAAAAACAAAGAAGAAGUACGUAAAAUUCUUAUUGCUCAAAGAGCAGAAGAAUUGUUAAAGAAAUCAUCUCUGCCAUUUUCACCUAAACCUGUUCAGCGUUCCCAUUCUUUAUAUAACAUUUCUGAUUCUACUUGUAAAAGUAGUGUUAAUGUAACUAGAGAAAAGAUUGAAGCCAUUACAAAGCGUUUAUACAGUAUUAAAUGUCAAGAAACAGUUGAAAAUUGGAAUAACAAAGUCUUGCAGAAUGACUUAUGGGAUGCUGAACUAUCCACUUCCAACAAAAAUUAUUCUAAAAUCAGUAAAGAUAAAAAAUUUCAUAAAAGUGCCUUACCUUAUCAUAAUUUUCCUGUGAGAAUGACUACUGCAGCCUUUUUAAGAGAGAAGCAAAUUAGAGCAGAUAUAGAAAUGAGAAAAAGAAGAGAAGAAAUGGAUGAAAGUAUUAGAGAAAGAAUUGCUCAGAAGAGAAAAGAAAUUCUGAAAAACAUAUGGCCAAGGUUGAAAUCUGUGGAACAAGUGUACGAUAUUGGAAAAGAAAUUGAAGAAAAGGUCAAAACUUACAGAGAAUCACAAAAGAGCCGUGAACAAGAGUAUGAAAAAGAACUGGAGGACAUGAUGAAAAGGGUUUCUAAACAAUUUCUUCUAAUUGAAAGACAAUCAAAGGAUUUAAAAGAAAAAAUAAUUGAUACUACAAGAAGCAUAGAUGAAAUGUCUGAAAAAGAGGUGUCUGUCAGUGAAGCUGAAAAUGACAGUUCGGAAGAAGUCGAAUCAUCUGCAUCAUCGUCAACAAAAUCAGAUUCAGCGUGAAUCUCUUGUUGCUUUAUAAUUGCGGCGUGGCAAGCGAAUGUCUUCAAAAAAUUGAUUGCAUGUAAAUUUUUACAAUACAGUAAUUCCAUCAAA